GGCCAGAGGCAGCAGAUGUCCAACAGCAGCUCCAUCACCCAGUUCCUCCUCCUGGCAUUCGCAGACACACGGGAGCUGCAGCUCUUGCACUUCUGGCUCUUCCUGGGCAUCUACCUGGCUGCCCUCCUGGGCAAUGGCCUCAUCAUCACCACCAUCGCCUGCGACCACCACCUCCACACCCCCAUGUACUUCUUCCUCCUCAACCUCUCUAUCCUCGACCUGGGCUCCAUCUCCACCACUGUCCCCAAAUCCAUGGCCAAUUCCCUCUGGGACACCAAGGCCAUUUCCUAUGCAGGAUGUGUUGCCCAAGUUUUUCUCUAUGUCUUUCUCAUUUCAGCAGAGUAUUCUCUUCUCACCAUCAUGUCCUAUGACCGCUACGUUGCCAUCUGCAAACCCCUGCACUACGGGACCCUCCUGGGCAGCAGAGCUUGUGUCCACAUGGCAGCAGCUGCCUGGGGCACUGGGUUUCUCAAUGCUCUCCUGCACACGGCCAAUACAUUUUCCCUGCCCCUCUGCCAGGGAAAUGCCGUACAUCAGUUCUUCUGUGAAAUCCCACAGAUCCUCAAGCUCUCCUGCUCACAAUCCUACCUCAGACAACUUGGCCUUGUUGUGUUUGGUGUCUGUGUAGCAUUUGGCUGUUUUAUUUUAAUCAUACUGUCCUAUGUGCAGAUCUUCAGGGCUGUGCUGAGGAUCCCCUCUGAGCAGGGACGGCACAAAGCCUUUUCCACGUGCCUCCCUCACCUGGCUGUGGUCUCCCUGUUUCUCAGUACCAACAUAUUUACACACCUGAAGCCCCACUCCAUCUCCUCCCCAACCGUUGGCCUGGUGGUUUCAGUUCUGUACACGGUGGUGCCUCCAGCACUGAACCCCCUCAUCUACAGCUUGAGGAACCAGGAGCUCAGAGCUGCCCUAUGCCAACUGACCCAAUGCACGCGGUUUCACUGACAAUAAUCUGCCUCCCCUUCUUUGCUCAUUUCCCAGAGUUUAUCUCAGGCCAGA